AUGAGAAUAUCAAACAUCGAAGUCACACACACUAGCGGGAUUCAUUCCAGAGCAGACCCUGGUUAUGAUCGUACAAGUGAAUUGAAAGCGUUCGAUGAGACAAAAGCAGGAGUUAAGGGAUUAGUAGAUGGUGGAGUGACAAAAAUCCCUGGUAUAUUCGUUGACCAGCAGCUAAUCCUUGACAAGAGGUCAGCUGGUAGCGAUUCGAAGUUUAGUGUUCCGAUCAUAGACCUCGAAGACAUAAACAAAGAUUCAUCUGUUCGUGCAGAGAUCAUUGACAAAGUUCGGGAUGCUUGUGAGGAGUGGGGUUUCUUUCAGGUUGUUAACCACGGAAUUCCUUUAAGCGUUUUGGAUGAGAUGAUUAAUGGAGUACGCAGAUUUCAUGAGCAAGACACCGAGACAAAGAAAGAGUUCUACACGCGUGAUCUCAGCAGAAAGGUUGUGUAUCUAAGUAAUGUUGAUCUGUGGGAAUCACAAGCUGCAAAUUGGAGGGACUCACUCUUUCUUUUCAUGGCUCCUCACUGGCCUACUCCUGAAGAAUUACCAGAAGUAUGCAGAGACAUAGGGAUUGAUUUCUCAAAGAGAGUGAUGAAAUUGGGACUAGCUCUGCUUGAAUUAAUAUCAGAAGCCCUUGGACUUAAUCCUGACCACCUAAAAAGCAUGGGAUGUGCUGAAGGACUCCUACUUGUAGGCCAUUACUAUCCACCUUGCCCUGAACCUGAAUUAACCCUAGGAACUUGCAGCCACACAGAUCCCAACUUCUUGACUGUACUUCUACAGGAUCAAAUAGGUGGCCUGCAGGUUCUUCAUGAGAACCAAUGGGUUGAUGUUUCUCCCACACCUGGAGCAUUAGUGGUAAACAUUGGAGGUCUUUUACAGCUCAUGUCCAACGACAAGUUUAAAAGUGUGAAUCAUAGGGUGUUGGCGAAAUAUAAUGGCCCAAGAAUUUCAGUGGCAAGCUUUUUAAGAACACAACCUCAGUUAGGGAUUUUCCCUGAGAGCUCGAGAGUCUAUGGGCCAAUCAAGGAAUUGUUAUCAGAAGACAACCCGCCAAUCUACAGAGAUAUAACUGCCAGAGAUUUUCUGACAUAUAUAUACUCAAAAGGGAUCGAUGAGGUCUCUUCACUUGCACAUUUCAAGUUGUGAAAUCAUCCGGAAUAUAUAGGAAAUACGGCAUGAAUGGAACCAAGAAAGCACACAUUGUGUACCAGUUUAGUCCAUAUGAUCAAAUCAUUUUCAUAUGUUUCCCCUUUUAUGUUAUUAUUAUCACCAGAAUUUCAAUGAUAUGUAGAUUCGUGAAGGACUAUCAAAAUGUGUGAUUGAUUAGGAAAAUUUAACUAGUUGAUGACUGGAUGUUACCUUCGUGGUCUAUGAAUAGACUGUGGUGGACAGUGCUCUGAUGUGGCUGCUUCAACUUUCAA